GUAUGUUACACAUUUAUGGAGCAUAAUAGUGUGUGGGCUGUUUUAAUCCAUACUUCAUACAGUUACAAAUUCAAGCUCCGUUGACUAAUGUUUGCAGAUUAUAUAAGAUGAAUUCACCUCGGCAGAGGGCUUCCUGUCAUCUUUAGUUUAUUUAAAUGGAUUUCGAGCUGGAAGAGUCCCGCUUCCUGGGAAAUAUUGAACUUUAAGUGACAAAUCCGGUGAUGCCAAACAAGAAGAGGAAGAGAGGGGUGAUAUCCACGAUUCACCCACGAAACAAGUAUUCUGAAAACCCACCUGACUUCGGAUUACUGGCUUCUCUUUACCCAUCCUUUGCCCCCUACGUUUUCUGCACCCCUAACGGUCGGCACAAAAUCGAUUGGACUGAUUUCAAUGCCACGCGAGAGCUCACCCGGGUCUUGCUUCGCCAUGAUCAUAACCUGAACUGGUGGAUCCCUGAUGGGCAGCUUUGCCCCACUGUACCUAAUAGAUCAAAUUACAUUCAUUGGAUAGAAGAUCUUUUGUCAUCAGAUGUUGUAUCUAUGAGUCAACCACAAGACAACACCGUGAAGGGUUUUGAUAUUGGAACAGGAGCAAAUUGCAUUUACCCCUUACUUGGUGCAUCUCUGCUGGGUUGGAGGUUUGUUGGUACUGAUUUUACGGAUAUAGCCUUGGAGUGGGCAGAGAGAAAUGUCAAGAGUAACCCUCACAUAUCUGAAUUGAUUGAAAUCAGAAAAGUUGUCAUUAAGGAUCCAUUAUCAGAUGGUGACGGAGUUAUUAAUGGGCCACUUAUCAAUGGCAAGCAAGAUCUAGAUCAUGAUAGUAAUUAUCACGGCCCACCUAUUAUUAAGGGCGUUGUGAAGGAAGGGGAGACUUUUGACUUCUGCAUGUGUAAUCCUCCAUUCUUUGAGACUAUAGAGGAAGCUGGACUGAAUUCAAAAACUUCUUGUGGUGGAACUAGAGAAGAGAUGGUUUGUUUCGGAGGAGAACGAGCCUUUAUAACCCGCAUGAUUGAUGAUAGUGUUCAGCUCAGGCAGUCUUUUAGGUGGUACACGUCAAUGAUUGGACGAAAAGCAAACAUGAAAGUUCUGAUAUCAAAGCUUUGGGAGGCUGGAGUGACUGUUGUGAAGACGACUGAGUUUGUUCAAGGGCAGACAUGUAGAUGGGGACUUGCUUGGUCAUUUGCCCCGCUGGCCAAGAAGCUAAUACCUCACAACAUUGCUGAAAAGAGUAAUAUGUCUUUCAUGCUUGAGGGACUUCAAUCUGUUGUGAGUGCCUUCAAUUUGUUGAAAUCAGUAGAGUCAUUUUUCUGUAGCAAUGGUGCAUCGUGUAAACUAAAUGCUGACUCAUUUAACGUUGAUAUACUGUAUCCCAAAGAACACCCUGAUGUCCUUCUGAAGCCCAUUGAGACGCAUAACGGAGACCAUGUUAAUGAAAUAAAUGACCUGCACUUCCGUGUUUCAGUGUUUCAGCAAAUAUCAGGGACACUAUUAGUGAAAGGAUCUUUGCAGAAGAAAGACACUUCUACCAGCUCAGGUGCAUUUGCUUUAAUGUUCCAACGGCUAGAAAUGUUUCUGAGGAGUACCUUUUGUAGGGCAAAAGGCAGCCGCUGAUGCAUCUCCCACAAUCCCAGAAAGUAGCUUUCAUGGCAUAUUUAUAAUCGAUAUUUUUGUCUAAAAGCAAAUAUAUUUUCAUUCAUUCACAUGUGAGUAGCAUUUGAUUAAAGCAGUUAAUCACAUUAUCAUUUCAAUUACGACUUGAAACUCAUAAUAGUCCUUGGAUCCUUGCAUUGGUGAGCCCAACACAAGCAUCCACAAAAUCCUCAUCGAUAAAAUCCGUAGAGAACACCUGCAACCUGUCCACAAUACCCAGAGAGAUGCACUGAUUUAUGAACAGCCUAGCAUAUGGGCGGAUCCGAUCUGUGACGGGUCUAACGCACACCACUGGAUUAUCCGCCUGCGGUGUCACUGUAUUCUCCACUCUGUAAAAGAACUUCCUGGAUCCCACUGGCGGCUGCUGACUCAAAUGCUUAAUGUUGUUGUCGAACUUGGUCUGCGGCAAGUCUGUGUCGGUCCAGUUGUCCCUGAGAUGCUCUGCAGUCCACAAGAGUGGCCCCAUUGAGGUGGGACCCACUUUCCUUGGCUUCCAGAAGCAAAUGAUUCUCUUCGGCAACAAAUCUGCUAUCGUCUCCCCAAAUACAUUGAUGUCCCGUCGGAUGAGAUAUUCCCCAAAUUGUCUUUCCAAGUACUUGUCAAAUCCGGGCGGGUCUUUGUGCCCGAACUCCGUACGGAUAUCCAAGAGUAUGAUCUCGGAUUGCGUCUCAGAUAGGAAUUUCUUGACAUCGCGUAUGACAAUGUUGAAGCUGUAUGUGGUGAGGAUCCCGUGGCAGACUUUUCCACCCUCCUGAACCCGAAUGUCGAGAGUUCGGGUACCCAUUACGAGUUGCUGGUAGAUUGACAGGGUUUGACAUUGUGCGAAUGGGCGAGAAACGAGAGGUAUGCCGAUCUUGUCUGUAGCAGAAUCAUGAGUUCCUGGCCAUACGAUCAUAUCCACGGAAACUUUAUCCGGGCCUAGGAUUCCCAUCCAGUUUUUCCGGUUAGCGGGAUGGUAAUCUGAACCCGGGAAUUCAGUGCAAUCCCAUCUCUGUUUGAGCUCUGACAAUGAUUUCUUUUCUACAUGGAUUGCCUUUUGUCGGUUAACCUGUUUGGACCACUCAGCCCCCAUUCUCACACACAAUCAAACAAUUAGAACACAAACGUAAAAAACAUAAUAAAAAUUUAACAGAAAAUGGAAAAAACGAGAAGAUCCUGGUAUUCCCCUCCUGCAGGGGUCUCUUCUCCCUUUGGUGCUUGCACAGGCAAGCAACAUGUCGUUGGCCAUUUAAUAUUUGCAUUCUUAACGUAAUGCACACACGAACUUUUCGUAAGCAUGUACCCAAUUUUAUUGGAUCAUUAUUAGUUAAAUCAAUCAAAUCACAUAUAGAUUCA